UUUAACAGUAGCGUGCACACGGCCAAAUCACAGUUGCUGAAUGACAGUUGACCAUAGAGCUGUCUCAGUGAAUGGUUCACUUUCACAGCGUCUCCCCAGUGAGAAGCGAUUUUUCUAUAUUUUAGUCAUUUUCAGGAUAUAUCAACAGCUAUGGUUAGAUCCAAAAAUUCUCCAGAAUCCCGUGGGCUCACGAGGAAGAGAACCAUCAAGGAGAAGACAGAAGGGGCACCUAAAAAGACCAAGCUUAUGGGUAACAACAUGGAGGAGAAAAGCUUGCGUCAAGUAGAGCAAGAGGUGCUGAAGAGAGAGAGAGAGCGAGAGCCAGCAGAAGCAGGAAGAAGUGGAGCGAGUAGGCCUUGUGUUGAAGCUCAGAUGCCUAAAAAUCCUAAAAACAUCACCAACUACAAGUUUCACAAGGAGCUGGGAAAAGGAAGCUUCGGAAAGGUUAUGCUGGCGUCGCUUAACAACUGCAGAGAUCAAGUGGCAAUCAAAGUGAUUCGGAAGACUACGAGUGUAGAGGACAUCCUGACGGAGGCGCGCACUCUCAGAAUCACUGGAGCUUGUCCCUUUCUCUGCCAUGGAUAUGGAGCUUUCCAAACGCAGAUGCAUGCGUUUCUUAUAAUGGAGUUCAUGAGUGGAGGGACCCUGGAACAGCUUAUAAAUAAGAGAGGUUGCCUGAACAGGGACAUCAUACAAUUCUAUUCUGCAGAGAUGAUCAUCGGUCUACAGUAUCUGCAUUCAUGUGGUAUUGUGCACCGAGAUCUUAAACCACCAAACAUCUUACUGAGCGCCGAGGGGCAUAUCAAGAUCAGUGAUUUCGGCCUAGCUGUAGAAGGGAUUUUCGGCAACAAGAAGAUGUACGAUCUAGUAGGGUCCUACCACUACAUGGCUCCAGAGAUUCAUCUGAUGAGUGGAUAUGGCGCAGGAGUGGAUUGGUGGGCAUUUGCCAUUAUUCUGUGCCAAAUGGCCGCCAGAAGAUCUCCAUUCCACGAAGGCUUGACACUGCUCAACAUCAUCGAAUCAGUCACCUUGAAGCAGCCUUCCAUUCCAGAGGAUAUCAGCCCUGAUCUGAAAAGUCUGAUGCAGGAGCUCUUUGAGAAGAAUCCAGACAAGCGCCUGGGCACAUCGGGGGAUAUAAGGAAACACCCGUUUUAUAGAUCGGUUGACUGGGCAGCAUUGGAGAACAGGAAGAUUCCACCUCCUUUCAAGCCACAAUCUGUAAGUCCAUCACUGCAGCAGCUCUAUCUGGAGGAAACAUCAUUUUCUGCACACCAAGUAUCAGGUUUAUUCUGGUGGGAUACGACCUGGGCAUAGUAGGCAUUUUACUUUAAUGGAGAAUUCAACCGUUUUCAAAAAAAACAAAAAAAACUACCAAUUGAGUCUCAAUGUAUUCUUUCACCUUUUGCCCACUUCACCUAUUGUAUUUCCCCAGGUCCCUUUAUUACAAGUUCAGUAAGUGUAUUGUGCUCAUGAUGUGGCUUCCUUCCAUUAUAGAGACAUUUUCAUUUGCCUUCUCCUGAAGUAACCAAUCAUUGCUAUUUUCUGUAAUUCAGCAGGUCCUUUCUCCUUCAGUGCUGUGGCUGGAGGUAUAUUCUUGAAACGCCAAACCCCCAUCCCCUUAGCCAGACUAUGACAAAUGUGGUUGGUGCUUGGCUGGUUCUGUUCUGGGCAAGGCAGGGUAAGAGUUAAGAAAGCCUCUUUUUUUAAGACACUGUACAGUACAUGCAAAUAUACCCGCACACUCCUAGCUCAGUGCACCUGGGGCUGCCACUAUAUUGGUUUUUAGUCCGAACCCUACAAAUAGUAAAUAGUAUGAGAGAGAGCAAACAAAUGUGUAUAUUCCUUCUUGCAGAUUCCGACUGUGGAUGUCAGUGCAGUCUGUGAAGAGCCCCUGUCAUUCAUAGAAGAGCCAGGCUGCAUCAACCCAUCAGGUGGUAUAAAAAUGAUUCAGGGUCUGUCAUUCCUGAGUCCCAGUUGGGAAAGAUCUGCGGGUCCCUUUUGCCUCCACCCUCUGCGCUCUCCACCUAGGGCCCCCGCCAUCGGCCCUCCUAUACUCAGACCUCUGCCAUCAGCCUUCCCCACUUCUGCCCCCCCACCUCUGGCCCCCAUCUUUCCCCCCCCAUCAUUCCCCCCCACCUCUGGCCCUCGCCAUUUCCCCCCCCACCUCUGGCCCCCAUCAUUG